AUGGCCAAUCGCGUCCCCAAGAUCACCAGGGUCAGGACCGGUUGCUUGACCUGUCGAGCCCGCAAGAAGAAAUGCGAGGAACAGCGGCCCAUUUGCCGUGGGUGUGAGCGAAACGGAUUUAAAUGCGAAUGGCCAAGAGUCUCGCCAUCUCCUUGCCGGUCACCAAGUGCAUUGACUGCCGACAAUGCCGGGGAGGUUACCGGGAAAGCACCCCACAUCCUGAGUCCUCAGUCUGAAUCCCAUGAUCCACGGCAAGCCGGCCAAGCCUCGCCAACUGAGCCGCAGGAAGAUCCACACCCUUUUUCGACACCCUUGCCACCCUCGUCAGAGACAUCUCUUAUUGUCUUCGAUUCAGGAUCGCCAACUUGCGAUGGGGCUGUAUCUGACUCCGUGGAGUUCUUUCUCCCCAAGUUCUCCCCGAGAAGACCUCACGCCGGAUCCUUCGACGGAAAGGGCCCCAUGUUCGCGCUGCCGGCGACCCUGUCUGUCUUUGGUAAUGGCAGAGUCUGGGAGCUCUGUGGUGAGGAGGGAUAUCAUCUUCUCGGACAUUAUUUGACCAAGACGUCAUUCGCCAUGGCCGGCGGUUUCCAAAGGGAGAAUCCAUUUCUAGCACAACUCAUGCCUAUUGCCAUGUCGAGCGAUCUCAUCAUGCACCUCAUACUCACCAUUAGCGCUGUGCACAAGGCUAUUAUCCAACCCACCGAGCUAGCUCUAUCUGCACAGACUUACUACCGCGAUGCAUUGACCAUGUUCCGCGGCAGCAUCGACCAAUAUAUCCAUCACGGCAACUCGACUAUCGUCGCGCUUGGCCUAGGGUGUCUGAUGCUGUGUUUUACAGAAACUGUGAAGGGAGAUCGCGAUGGCGCUAUCUUCAAACAUAUCAGUGCCGCCGAUGCCAUUGUAUCCUCUGUGCUGUCAGAUCCAUUCAUCGGACAACGCUCCCCUCUCUCCGAUUUCCUCGUCGAGUUCUACGUCUACGUUAGUACGCUAAGCCUCAUAUCACUCAACCCAGAGCGUUGCGAGACGCUCAAGAUGAACGGGAAGAUUGAGACGCGAGCUCACGAGCUCGCCGAUUCGUCAUAUGUUGGGAGCCUCUGCGGCUGCUGGAUCGAGCUUCUUCUCUUGAUCCCGCGGAUCAACGCCUUCGCCAUGCAUAGCCCGACACUAGAAAAUUUGUCGCCAGAGGCCCUGCGGGAGCGGUUCGCUACAUUUGCAACACUGCAGCUCGAAAUCAUCUCAUGGACCCCCUAUCCGGACUCGAACAGCGUGCUCCGCUCUAGUGGCCUCUUCUACAAGCAAGCUUUGCUACUCUAUCUCUACACCAGCACCCUUGGGCCCUCAAACGGCGGUGAGAGUUCAACAGCCUCUGAUCUCGUAGAGUCGACUAUCGCUAGCGCACUAUUUUACCUCGCUGACAUUCCACCUGACACACAGACCAACACACUUCUGUGCUGGCCCAUCGCUAUUAUGCCUUAUGGGCGGACACUGCGGAGCCAGCGAGCCCCUGGCGGCUGCACACCCUAA